CUAAUGAAGACAACAACGCGUACGAAUAAUACACAUAAGAAGAGUCUUGCGGAGUUGAGAAGGAGCUUGCGACACGGACGACUCGAAUAUAGGGAGGAGCGAUUGCCCCGAUCUGAUACUUUGAAUCGAGUCAGGUGGGUGUUAUAGAGAUGGCUUUAGGUGGAGCGGCUCCCGCAAGAGGAAGUGCAGCGGCUGCUGCAAGCAUGCGCAGGAGGAGAACGACGAGUAGUGGGGCCUCUGGUGGAGCAGCUGGGACUAUGCUUCAAUUUUACACAGAUGAUGCUCCAGGACUAAAGAUCUCUCCAAAUGUUGUUCUUGUAAUGAGCAUUGGUUUCAUUGCUUUUGUUGCCGUUCUUCAUGUCAUGGGCAAGCUCUACUUUGUUCGCAGAGAGGCUUAAACUUGUACUAACAAUAGAAAGAAGUAGUUUAACGGUCGAGGUUUUGGAUUUUGAAUGAUGCAACUUCCAAUUUGGAUUUUGGAUGGUUUUACGUUGGUGAAAGUUGCGACAGAUGGAUGUUUUGUUUUUGAAGUCAGGCUUGUGAGAUGUGAACUAUUAGUACGGCCAUUAUAAUUUUUCAAGAUUAUGGGAGGUAGUCUCAGGUACCUCACCAUCUUAUGGUUAGAA